GCCGUCGGGGACCUGCGGCAGCUGGAGCACGACCCGAGGGAGUACGCGCCGAGCCUCUUCGGCGUGGCGCACUCCGCCGCGUGGCUCCUGGCCGCCCUGUCGCAGGCGCUCCUGCUCUGCGCGAUCCUGCGAUACGCCAUGGCCGGCAGAGCAGGCGAGAGCGGCUCCGACCUGACGGACCUGUUUGCGUUUGGUGCCGUGGGCUUCGUCUGGGUUGUGACUGGUGCAAACAUCACCCUUGUGUUCAGGCACUCUGCCUGGCUUGGCUGGGUGACUUGGGCGCCUUACCUGUUUAACAUGGGUUGCAUGUUGGGCGUGUACUGCUUCUUCCGCAACUUUGGGAGAGUCUUCGCAACGCCCGACGACUUCCUGCGCCUGCUGCUGGCCACGGUCUUCGCGAUGGUGGGGCACACGUGCAUCGGGGAGGCCAUCAUCCGGAGCAGCUGCCGGGCCGAGCGGGCGAUCGCCUCGAGAGGAGCCCUCCUGCGGCGCCUGGGCCUCGACCGCCCAGGCGCCCGGGCGUGGAGGAGGCCGUCGCCGCUCGCCCAUCCGCUGGCAGGGGAGGCCAGCCCGGGCGUCGAUUCCAUGUCGUACUUGAACGGUUCCAGCGUGGAGCUCGGACUCUUGCACUCCUCCAACACGAGCAGCUUCGGGUAUGCGUUCUCGGAGGACUGCGCCCGGCAGCGGGACGCGGGUCGCGCGCGCCGCCCAGGCUCGGCGCCGCCAGGCUUCCUCGGCGGCGCCCCGUCGCUGGCGCGGGCCGCGCGGCACUCCGGCGCCGCGGACGGCGUGGCCGCUGCCCCGCAGGAGGGGCCGCCGAUCACACACUACUCUGCGUGGGCCUUCAUGCCCCCCUCCCGCUUCGCCGAGUAG